AUGGCUUCUACCUCUACAGCUACCCACCUGGCCUUGACUAUCAUCCGAGCUAAUGGAGUAAAGUGGGACUCAAUUCUCCGUGAUAAAUUGCCGAGUUUCUACGUUCAGGCGAAGGUCGGUGAUGAGAGCAAGCGAACGAAGACAGUUAGCAAGAAUCUGCUACCCGAAUGGAACGAGUGUUUUUCAUUCAAACGUCCAUCUGCGGACCAAGGGACAAAAUUGCGCAUUCAGAUCAAACACGAUUCGUCGCGUUGGUUAGACAAAUGCAUUGGUGAAAUUGACGUGGAGCUGAAUGACUUAUUAGAGAGGUGUACCAGCGGCAAGAAAACGGAGCUUCAUCUUGAAAUGCGUAAUGGUUCAUCAUCGACGGAAACCACUGCAGUUCUUCAUUUGCACUUGGAGACUGUGGACGCGACGACAGGCGUUGGCCUCAGCCUCGAGACUGCAAAGUGCGCGAUUCAGCAGAGCAGCAUCUCAAAUUCAGCGACCGCCUUGGGCUCAACUGUUGCUGCUAUGUCAGACAGUGCUGAAGUCCACGUUGCCAGACAUACUGAUUUGUAUCAGUCUGUCGGCAAUCUCGUUUCGAAAUUGGACUUCCUUGUCAAUGUUAUUGACAAACUAUCGCAAGUGCACCCGUACGUCAACUUUGCAUGGCAAGUUGCCUCAACGUUGUAUAAGACCAUCCGUCGUCAAUUCGAGGUUGAUAAGAACGUUGUUGAACUCGUGCAUGUCAUUGAAGAUGCCUUCAAUUUUGCUCGCGAGGCCGAUUUCCUCCGUAACAAGAUACAAUAUCUCGAGACAAUAGUAAUCCAGCUUCUGAAGCAGACCGACGAAUGCUGUCUCUUUCUUCAGGAAUAUGCAAGACAUAUGUUCACAGGACGGAUGCUCAAGACAGACAUGGAUGGAAAAAUUGACAAGUUCAAGCAGUGCUUGCGGUUACUCAAGCAAUCGAUUGACUCGGGUGCUGUUAUACAUACCGCUUUCGUUUCACUGAGGAUGUCCUCCAGAAUCGACACUUUGUAUUUAUCAAGUCGACUACAACCAGAAAAGAUGGACGCGUUUAAUCGGCCUCAAUGCCUCCCCGGCACGCGAGUGGAGGUCAUGCAACAGGUCGUAGAGUGGGUGUUGUCAGAUUCGGACAAGAAUGUCUUCUGGCUAUACGGUGCCGCAGGAUCCGGCAAGAGCACUAUUAGUACGACUAUCGCGGAACAUUUCCGUGACAUAUCUCGUCUUGGAGCACAUAUGUUUUUUGAACACGGAAAGAGUGAUCCCAGCUCUGUCAUACGUACACUCGCUUACAAACUCGCGUUAUUUGACUCUUCGGUGGCGAAACACGUUUUCGAGGCCAUUGAGCGGGAUGACGAUAUUGCUCAAGCCACGUCGGCGACCCAGUUUGAGAAGCUUCUUCGCAGUCCUCUUGCUUCAUCUGGCGAUGCUAUGCAAGGACCGAUCGUCAUUGUCCUGGACGCACUGGAUGAAUGCGGCACCGAAAAAACGAGGCGUGGCAUAAUGGAGAGUUUCUGGAAAGGUCUACCGGGACUCCCAAAGAAUUUUCGAUUUCUCAUUACGAGCAGGAAGGAGCCGGACAUAGAUCAAGCGUUAUCUUCGCGACCCGACUGCAUUCGGAGUGUCGAAUUGGAGCACAGCUCGGAAAGCUGUAGAAAUGACGUUCUUCGCUAUCUUGACCAUGCGAUGCGUUAUGUAUUCGUGAUUAGAACGUUACCGAUUCCGGAUGAUUGGCAGUUGAAAAUGGAGCGCCUUGCUACAGCAGCAGCGGGACUGUUCAUCUGGGGUUCGACUGCAGUGAAGCUGGUGGAUUGCGAUAACCCUGCUCCGAAGCUAGCAAAACUAGUAUCUGAAUCACAGCAUCUUUUCGGCCUCGAACAACUCUAUGACUCAGUUCUCGCCGGUUCAGGCAUCUCGUUUAACGACGAAUCAUCUAACACUCGCUUCGCAAAAGUCCUUGGGCUUAUCCUUCUCAGCAGAACCCAGCUUUCCGAUGAUAUCAUCGACGAUUUUCUUGGAUUUUCGAGCGACGAGCCAUCGAGGCUUAUUCUGUCUCGUUUGCAAUCUGUCCUCGUAUUUACCCGGAAUGAACCUAUCCGCUUCUGCCACACGUCAUUCCGCGAUUACUUACUGGCAUCGAGCCGCAUAAACGACCCUUGGUUCAUCAAUCUCGAGUGUCAGAAAUCAUUUGUUGCUGCGCGAUGCUUUGAUGUUAUGAGAGAUAGGCUCCGGUUUAACAUUUGCAAAAUAGAGUCAUCGUAUAUCUUUAACGACCAGAUCCCCGACCUUCCGGACCGCAUCGGGGCUAACAUUCCCCUGCACUUAAAAUACGCAUGCCUGUUCUGGACGCAACACCUUCGCGAAGCACAAUGCUCAUUCGAGUUGUUGGACAAGCUAUCUGAGUUCCUUAAUAAUCGCCUUCUGUUUUGGCUCGAGGUGCUGAGCCUCUUGGAGAAGGUCAAUGUUGCUGGUACAACACUCUAUUAUGCCAUGAAUUGGAUCUCGUCAUACAACACCGACAUCUUAGCAUUUCUCAGGGAUGUACGCAGAAUGAUCACUGUGUAUUUUCCGUCCCUUUCGCGGUCAACGCCCCAUAUAUAUGUCUCCUUCCUUCUGUUUGCGUCGAUGGAGUCAACCUUUUUGGCGCGAUAUGUGAAACGCAAUAUACCUAUCAUACGAGUGAAGCAAUUAGGUAUAAAAGAGCGGUCACCCAUUUUGAAGGAGCUCAUAUACCAUGUAGACUGUGUCAAUUCUGUUGCUUUUUCACCUGACGGUACUCUUGUUGUAUCCGGUUCCUGGGAUAAAACAGUUCAAAUCUGGGAUGCUGAAAGUGGGCAAGCCGUUUCUGACCCUUUAGAGGGACACCAUGGCAUCAUACGUUCUGUUGCUUUCUCACCGAACGGCACGUGUGUUGUUUCCGGAUCCGACGAUGAGACAAUUAGGAUCUGGGAGGUUGAGACUGGGCAGGUGAUUUCUGGGCCCCUUGAAGGGCAUAAUGGCGCAGUUUAUUCAGUUGCUUUCUCGCCGGAUGGGACACGUGUCGUCUCUGGAUCGACUGACAAGUCUGUCAUGGUCUGGGACGUUGAGAGCGGACAAGCCGUCAAGCGUUUCGAGGGGCAUGUAGACGAUGUAAAUUCUGUUGCUUUCUCUUCCAAUGGAAAGCACGUCGUCUCUGGUUCUUAUGACCAGAGUAUACGAAUCUGGGACGUUGAGAGCGGACAGACUAUUUGUGGCCCUCUCAAAGGGCAUACAGCCAGCGUUCGGUCGAUCACUGUCUCUCGUGACGGUACACGCGUUGCCUCAGGCGCUGCAGAUGCUACAAUACGAAUCUGGGAUGCUAAGAGUGGGCAACAUGUAUCUGUACCUUUCGAAGGACAUGCUGGUGGUGUUAGUUCUGUUGCUUUCUCGCCCGACGGGAAACGUGUCGUCUCUGGUUCUGAUGACAUGACCGUUCAAAUAUGGGACAUUGAAACUGGGCAGCUCGUCUCUGGGCCUUUCAAACACGCUUCAUUUGUAUUGUCCGUUGCAUUUUCUCCCGACGGAACCCGUGUCGUGUCAGGCUCCGUGGAUAGUAUCAUCCGAAUCUGGGACACCGAAAGUGGACAGACUGGCUCUGGACACUUUGAAGGUCAUACAGAUGAGGUCACUUCUGUUGCUUUCUCGCAAGAUGGAAGACUCGUUGCUUCUGGAUCCUGGGAUAAAACAGUUCGAAUCUGGAGUGCUGAAAGUGGGCGAGCUGUCUUUGAUACUUUUGGACACUCAAACUGGGUUUGGUCUGUUGCCUUCUCGCCUGAUGGUAGAUGUGUUGCUUCUGGCUGCGAUAAUGGUACAAUCCGAAUCUGGGACACCGAAAGCGGAAAUGUAGUUUCCGGGCCUUUCGAAGGGCACAAAGAGCAAGUCAACUCUGUCUGCUUCUCGCCCGACGGGACACGUAUUGUGUCUGGCUCCUGCGACGCAACAGUCCGAAUGUGGGAUGUCAGAACUGGACAGGCGAUUUCUGAUUUCGAAGGACAUAAAGGUCCUGUUCACUCUGUUGCUUUCUCUCCUGAUGGGAGAUGCGUUGCCUCUGGCUCUGAUGACAGAACAGUCAUAAUAUGGGACUUUGAAAGAGGGGAAAUAGUUUCUGAACCGUUGAAAGGGCACACAGGAUCUGUUUGGUCAGUGGCCUUCUCACCCCAGGGUACACGUGUUGUUUCUGGUUCUGAUGACAAAACCAUCUUGGUAUGGAACGCUGCGAGCGGACAGGUCGCGGCUGGGCCUUUUAAGGGCCAUACAAGCUCUGUUGCGUCUGUCGCCUUCUCCCCCGACGGAGCAUGUGUCGUGUCGGGCUCCUGGGACAUGACAAUCCGAGUCUGGGACGUCGAAAGUGGACAGUCAGUUUUCGCGCCCUUCGAAGGUCAUAUGGCAUAUGUCAAUUCUGUAGCCUUCUCGCGUGAUGGAAGACGAAUUGUCUCUAGCUCUGGGGGUCCUGUAGAAGAUGCUCCGGCAAUCAGAAUAUGGGAUGUAGAAGAUCCUGCCUUCGACUGGAGUUUGGAUGAAGACGGAUGGAUUCGCGGACGCGAGAGAGAGUUGCUUUUGUGGAUUCCGGCUGAUGUUCGUCCAACGCUUUGGCGCCCUAGGAAUACUGCAGUUUUCAGUUGUGCAUUCUCAACUAGAUUGGUGUUUACAAAUGCUGCUUUAGGAGAGCGAUGGCAAGAAUGCUUUGGUCCUAUAGGGUCAACAUAG